UGACGAGGGACGGAGCCACGGAGGGAGGAGCCCACGAGGCGAGAUCUGCCCACUGCCCCUCGCGUUCCCCUCUCCCCUGCGUCGUCGUCUCUUCUCCCCCCAAAUCCCCCGAACCCUACCGCCGAUCCGGGCCCAGAUCGCCAUGGCCGCCCCCAACAGCAACGAUGCAGCCAACGCCAGCGCCAGCGCCAGCGGCACCGCCCCCGCCGGCGAGGAGGACACCUCCAUCGAGGCGCUGGCGCGGCGCGUGCAGGAGCAUAUGACCCUCGCCUCCAACCCCACCGCCCGCCGCCACAAGUUCUGGGAGACUCAGCCCGUCGGCCAGUUCCGCGACGCCGCCGACACGUCGCUCCCGGAUGGCCCCAUCGAGCCGCCGACGCCGCUCUCCGAGGUGCGCGCCGACCCCUACCCGCUCCCCGCCGCCUUCGAGUGGCUCACCUGCGAUCUCGACGACGACGCGCUCCUCGCCGACCUCUACUCGCUGCUCGCCCACAACUACGUUGAGGACGACGAGAACAUGUUCCGCUUCAACUACUCCCCGGCCUUCCUCCGCUGGGCGCUCAAGCCGCCAUCCUUCUUCCGCGCCUGGCACAUCGGCGUCCGCGCCAAGGAGUCGAAGAAGCUCGUCGCCUUCAUAUCGGGCGUUCCCGCGCGCAUCCGCGCCCGCGAUGACGUCGUCCGCAUGGCCGAGAUCAACUUCCUCUGCGUCCACAAGAAGCUUCGAUCCAAGCGCCUCGCACCCGUCCUCAUCCGCGAGGUCACCCGCCGCGUCCACCAGGAGAACAUCUGGCAGGCUGCAUACACCGCAGGGGUCGUCCUCCCAACCCCCAUCACCACCUGCCGCUACUGGCACCGAUCCCUCAACCCUAAGAAGCUCAUCGAUGUUGGGUUUUCUCGCCUUGGUCCGCGCAUGACCAUGAGCCGCACUGUCCGGCUCUACAAGCUGCCUGAUGCGCCGCUCACCCCUGGAUUCCGCCGGAUGGAGCUCCGGGAUGUUGCUGCUGUCACAAGGCUGCUGAGGGCCUACCUUGCAAAGUUUGUGGUGGCGCCUGAUUUCGAUGAGGUGGAUGUGGAGCACUGGCUGCUGCCGCAGGAGGAUGUGGUGGACAGCUACCUUGUUGAGAGCCCUGAGACGCAUGAGGUCACAGAUUUCUGCAGCUUUUACACGCUGCCGUCAUCUGUGCUGAACAAUGCUAACUAUGCGACGCUCAAGGCUGCAUACUCGUAUUACAAUGUUUCCACCAAAACCCCAUUGCAGCAGCUGAUGAACGACGCGCUAAUUGUUGCCAAGCAGAAGAACUAUGAUGUGUUCAAUGCUCUUGAUGUCAUGGAGAAUGAGCCAUUCCUCAAGGAGCUCAAGUUUGGUCCUGGAGAUGGGCAGCUCCACUAUUACCUCUACAACUACCGGAUUCGCAAUGGCAUCAAGCCUUCAGAGCUUGGCCUUGUACUGCUAUAGGCAGUCCAAUCAGGACAGUCCUCAGUUUACACCUGUACUUCACAGCAGGUUGUUCACUGUGCAAUCUGGUGGUUUCUCAUUUUGUUUAUCGGGGUAGUGAUUCUCCUUGAUAUGAUUGCCAUGGCCAUUGAUGGGAGUCCAAGAUGAUUUGCAAACGAGGAGUCUUGAAUUAGAAAUCCUUUUCUUCAUUUAAGAUUAUUGUUUCCCAUUAGUGACAUUUUGUGUGCGUGGUCGAAAUAUGUAUGAUGGCACUGAGUUUACCAAGAAAUUUUGAUAGAACUUGUGAUAUCGAUGUCAUUCAUAUGCUGUGUUGUUAUGGUUGCCCAUGUAUAUGUCUUGA